AUGUACAACGAAAAAGCAUUUCAGGAAAUAGCAGCCGAAAUACUGAAUCUAAAUGAUUUUGUACUAAACAAUCUGUCAUUUACGCUGAAUGGCCGGAAGUAUAAUUUUGGAAAGGAUAUAUGCGUUCGCACAGCACUUUGUCCUUUUAGCAAUACCAUCGUUCAAUUCUUUUUUGACGCUUUCUGGAACAAGAAGCUCUGGGAUGAUCCUCGUGUGCGACUGGAUUACCCGUUCCUGUAUUUCUUUGAGAACAAACUCUUUUUGCCGCUCCAUUUGUAUGGAGUGGAGCUCGGCGGCAAAAAAGGUAUCAAGUCCGUCGAAAUGAUCCAUUUACACUAUCCAGUGCCGUCCACAGAGCACGUAAGUCUCAAUUUUUCACGAAAUUCUCGUACAUUUGUGAAAUCACUAGCAAUACGCACCAAGCGUGCCCGUAUGACCAUGCGUUUUUGCAAUAUUUCGUGCUGUAGUAAGAUGACUAGGGAACCCAGCAUCUAGGA